CAAAGACUUGAGGCUCCCAUCCCCACCUUCUAUAUAUACUUUUUUCUCGUACAGAUUGAUCGGUUAGUAACAAAUACCCUGAGCACGAUCGAUCCGACUAUGCGUUCCUUUGCGUCCCUGAAAAUAUCCGCACCACCGUCCAUCCAUCAACUCGCCCCGAUCCAAACGCUUGGAGUUCGUCGAUUCUCUCAAUCUGCACCUUCAUCCUCUUCGUCUCUGUCCCAGAUCCAUGCCUCAAUCCCCAAUACCAAGAGCCCUCUUCUCGGCUCCUUUCUGAAAUGGGCUUCGGGGAUCACCGUUGGCUCUGGCCUAGCACUUCUUUUCUGGUCCUCUACUCCCGCUCCUUCUCCCGAUUCCAAUUUCGCUCUUUUCAAGAAGCCAUUGUUGUCUUUCGCUGACUGGUCAACGGCCACCGCUGAAUCUACGGUUUCUGCAUUUCGCAAAUUAGCCUUACCUGUUGGCUCCUACUACCUCUUUGGAGAUGCAUUUAGGAGAAAGAUUUUCUUCAACUAUGAGAAGCGCUUAAGGUUGCGGAGUCCUCCUGAAAAGGUUUUUGAGUACUUUGCAUCUUUUCGGUCACUGGAAGGAGAAUCAUUUAUGAAACCAGCUGACCUAAUGCGGGCAAUUGUUCCUGUCUUCCCUCCAUCUGAAUCCAACCUUGUCAGAGAAGGAUAUUUGAAAGGGGAAAGGAGUCCUGGAGAGUUACGUUGUGAUACUUCAGAUUUUUUUAUGCUUUUUGAUGUGGACAAUGAUGGACUCAUAUCCUUUAAAGAGUAUAUCUUUUUUGUGACAAUACUCAGCAUCCCAGAAUCAAGCUUUUCCGUGGCAUUCAAAGUGUUUGACAUUGACAACAAUGGAGAGGUAGAUAAGGAAGAAUUCAAGAAAGUGAUGGCUAUGAUGCGAUCUCAUAAUAGACAAGGGGCUCAACACAGGGAUGGGCAUCGAACUGGGUUAAAAUUCACUGGUUCAGUAGAAAACGGAGGCCUGGUGGAGUAUUUCUUUGGUAAACAUGGAAAUGAACGACUCCAACAUGAUAAGUUUUUCCAAUUUCUGCGAGAUUUGCAUGAUGAAAUUCUGAAAUUGGAGUUUGCUCAUUAUGACUACAAAUUACGGGGAACUAUAUCAGCUAAGGACUUUGCACUGUCCAUGGUUGCUUCUGCCGACUUGAGUCAUAUAGGCAGGUUGCUUGAUCGGGUUGAUGAAUUGAGCAAUGUUCCCCAACUUAGGGAUACACGCAUUACUUUUGAGGAGUUCAAAAACUUUGCAGAGCUACGCCAAAAAUUGAAGCCAUUUUCUUUGGCCCUUUUCACUUUUGGAGAAGUUAAUGGCCUGUUAAGAAGAAAUGACUUUCAACGAGCUGCCUCACAUGUGUGCGACGUACGCCUCUCUGAUAAUGUGGUUGAAAUCAUUUUCCAAGUGUUUGACACAAACGGUGAUGGAAGUUUAAGCUACGAUGAGUUUGUCAGAGUUUUAUACAAUAGGGAAAGGGAUAUUGCUCAACGGGUGGCGGAAAGAGUUCCGGGCCUUCUGCUAGCUUGAAGGAUCACGUGUUGUAAAUAGAUAAUUCAUAUUGUUAGUGUUGACAGUCGUCAACUCAAUAUCUACCUGGGUGAGCCUUGAAGGAUGCUUUCUGAUAGCUGAGGUUGUUGCAAAUCAAACAGGUAGGUGACUAAAUUCUUAGGAUUUGUUGGGAUCAGAGUAUGGACUCUUAACAAUGGAAGUAUGCUACAUUUUGUAUCACAAAGUACAUAGUCUCUUUUUUGUUAAAAAUGAUAAUCACUCCUUGUAUUGCAACGGAAGGGCGAGACCGAACACCGAACUUCUUCAAUAAGAAUUGUUCAAAUGUAGGAUGAGGUUAUGCA